AUUAAGUAGAAUCACACCUGUAGGCAAAAUCAAUUUUUUGUAGUAGAGAUGAAGAGUUGAGUAUCUUUGGCUAAUUACUAUGGAGGAGCUGUUCUCCCAGCUGUCUGAAGGUGUCUGAUUCCAUUAUUUGCCUGUGAUGACUCUGAAAGCUAGGUAAACCUAUAAAAUGCAAAAGCCAUCAAUAAGAAGCAAAUUGUUGCUAGAGUAUCUCCUCCUUAUUUGACUGUCUCAGAACUAAAUAGAGAAAGCAAUGACAUAAACAAAUGUACACCACCUUCCUGCCCCAUGCCUUUAUUGUUAGUCUUCUUCCCCAGAGGAGUCCUGAUCUAAUUGAAGAGCGUGAACAACCCAACCUGUCCAAAACUCUAUAACUUCAUAAUUUUUUAGUAAAUAAUUUUUUAUUCCUAAAAUGCUAGAGUCUCACCUCAUUAUCCAUUUUCUUCUUGCAGUGAUACAAUUUCUUCUUGGGACUUUCACAAAUGGCAUCAUUGUGGUGGUGAAUGGCAUUGACUUGAUCAAGCACAGAAAAAUGGCUCCGCUGGAUCUCCUUCUUUCUUGCCUGGCAGUUUCUAGAAUUUUUCUGCAGUUGUUCAUCUUCUACGUUAAUGUGAUUGUUAUCUUCUUCAUAGAAUUCAUCAUGUGUUCUGAGAAUUGUGCAAUUCUCUUAUUUAUAAAUGAAUUGGAACUUUGGCUUGCCACAUGGCUCGGCGUUUUCUACUGUGCCAAGGUUGCCAGCGUGCCUCACCCACUCUUCAUCUGGUUGAAGAUGAAGAUAUCCAAGUUGGUCCCAUGGAUGAUCCUGGGAUCUCUGCUAUAUGUAUCUAUGACUUGUGUUUUCCAUAGCAAAUAUGCAGGGUUUAUGGUCCCAUACUUCUUAAGGAACUUUUUCUCCCAAAAUGCCACAAUUCAAAAAGAAGAUACACCGGCUAUACAGAUUUUCUCUUUUGUUGCUGAGUUCUUAGUGCCAUUGCUUAUCUUCCUUGUUGCUGUUCUGCUCUUGAUUUUCUCUCUGGGGAGGCACACCCGGCAAAUGAGAAACACAGUGGCCGGCAGCAGGGUUCCUGGUAGGGGUGCCCCCAUCAGUGCGUUGCUGUCUAUCCUGUCCUUCGUGAUCCUCUACUUCUCCCACUGCAUGAUAAAAGUUUUUCUCUCUUCUCUAAAGUUUCAUGUCAGAAGUUUCAUCCUUCCAUUCUUCAUCCUUGUGAUUGGUAUAUACCCUUCUGGACACUCUCUCAUCUUAAUUUUAGGAAAUCCUAAAUUGAAACAAAAUGCAAAAAAGUUCCUCCUCCACAGUAAGUGCUGUCAGUGACAGAGAACUUUGAUCAGUUCAAAGAACCCAUGAUUCAAUGACUUACCCACACCUGCCACACUUCCCUCAGCCAGACAAAGCAGCCUGUUCAUAAAUAUACAACACGUCCCCUUCAGGCCUGUUUAUCCAGCCUGAGGUAUUUCUGUGGAUUUGCUACUUUUUCAAGCAGUUAAACUGAUUUUGAAAGCAAACAUAUGUUGAUGGAUUACAUCAAUGUCAAUAUCCUGGUUGUGAUAUUGUACUAUCAUCUUGCAAGUUGUUACCAUUGGGAAAACUCAGUAAACGGUUCAGGGUCUUUCUGUAUUCCUUCUUACAAAUGCAUUCAAAUCUACAAUUAUUUCAAAAUUAAAAGUUUGAUGAAAAAGAAAAGCACUUGUUUGAGCUCGUGAUGUCAGAAGGACACAUGAAUGCUGUAUGGUCCAUGACUAUCUGAUGCCUAGUCUUCGAUGGUUUAUCCUGACCUUAACGGGCUGACUGUUCAUUUCUUGUCUACCUGGAUAUUAUUUCUGUUCUGUUUGUUGGAGUUGCAGGCAAUGGAUCCAUUCUUUUCCUCAGAUCACAAACGAAGCAAGGACAAGCAGGCCUUCUCCAUCCUUAUAAGCAUAUUCUCUUACUUCAUCCUGCAGAGAGCCUAGAUGCCAUGGUGACAUGGGCAAUCAACUGAUAAAGGGGAAGACAGAUAGAGGAGGAGGAGGAGUCGAGGACUGAAUGCCUGUUUUCCAUUUCUCCUAGCUGUGCACUCUGAACAGACAAUAACCUGCAAAGAUGUUUUAUUUUGUAUUUGUGUGCCUGGCUUUGAGACCCUUUCAACCCAGGGUGGUAAUUUGGAACUCUUCCUGCAUUGCAUGUCUUCCCAGUGAAGCAACAUCAGUAGGUGGGUGGGGCUGGGGGUGUCUCCAUCUGCUUCAAGUCACAAAUGCAUUUUCUGUUUGGUUGAGAUUUUGAAUACUAAGAGAUAGAUAGAUAGAUAGAUAGAUAGAUAGAUAGAUAGAUAGAUUAUGGAGAUAGAUAUACUUGUAUAUUUCCAAAACAGCUUCAGAACUGUUUUGCUUCUAGACAGGCAAAUGAAGUAAAAAAUGUUCUUAAGCUUAGCUGUAACUUGUAGUUCAGGCGCGAUGAUGCAAAGUAGGUUUAGGUUUAGAUUUGUCAAUCACCAGUAAUAGGAACCCAAAUACAGCUUUUCUAACCCAAGCCACACGGGCCUGGUUAUAAUACACCAAUGAAGGAUUUUACUUCAGAAGAUUCAGGGACGUACUUAUCUUCUUGGGCAUGGGAACUAAGCUCUGAGUGUACUCUCAACUUCCCACAGGUUUCACACUUCAUUCCCCAAGGAGCAAAAUGACAGCCUCCAUCUUCCUGCUAUUUCAUUUUCCCACGUCCCACUAGGUAGGAAGGUUUGUAGCUAAUCACGCACUCAGGGAGCCAGCUGUGGGAAGAUCAGUUGUAUCCUGGAUGUAAUUAUUGCUUCUGAUUGGGGGAAAGGACAAUGAAAAGUCACUUUUCUUUUUCUCAAGUUCAGAGAAUAUUCUGUUCCUUGAAUCUGUGAUAUGUGUACCUGAAAGAGUGGGAGCAAUUUCAAACAUUCAGGGAGAAAUUUGUCAUGAUACAACUCUCAUGUGUUUUUUUUCUGAUACUAAAUUCUGAUUUUAUUUCAUGCAACUCUUGCUUUAAUAAUGUUAGCUAAUUAGACAACUAUUAAGAUAUGACUAGGUUUGUAUACUGUUAUCAAGAAAUGUUUAAAAAAAGAAUUCAUAAUAAAACAAUUCUAAAAACAU